GGCGAUGGAAAAUUUUUGCCUGACAAAAUUAAGGAAAUUAGCAAGAAAUACUUGAGCAAUGAAGAAGACAUCGCCAAAUUUGCAACAGUUGUUGACACUUGCUCAGCAGGCCCUAACCAAUGAGGAAUUGGAGAAGAUCCACGCCUCAAUGCUGAAGUUCGUUGAAGAGUGCAGUGAAGAGCACGGUGUGUCAGUUGAUGAGUUGAAGGCAGCCAAAGAAUCUGGUAACGUCGAUUCAAUAGAGCCUUGUAUCAUUGGCUGCGUAUUUAAGAAAGCUAGUUUUAUUGAUGACGAUGGCAAAUUCCUGAGUGAUAAAGUAAAGGAGCACAGCAAGGAGUAUUUGAGCCAGGAGGACGAUCAGACGUUGUUUGGUACUAUUGUAGACAAAUGCGCUUCAGCAAAUGACGAAGAAGUAACCGAUGGAGACCCAGGCUGCGUAAGGUCCAAGUUGGUGUUGGAGUGCUUCAUCAAAAACAAAGGAGAGUUCAUAGUAUCAAGCUAAAACCAUUCUAAGAGAACACUGAGGAGAUUGCUGAUUACAAAGGACUAUUUGCCAAUGACUUAAAAAU